AUGAUCCCUCUGCGGCCCUCCCUGCUACGGAGGCCUCGAGAGGCGCUUCUAUGCUCAUGUUUGAAGCCCACUCUGUCCCCACAAAUCCGGGGCUUCCUAUCAUCCACGAAACGACAGCCCGGCAUCGCGGAUGAGUCUCCUUCGGGAUUUCACAAAUCAUAUUUCUCGGCGAAUCGACUAUAUGAAGGACCAGGCGCGAAAGGAAGCUUUGUCUCGUCACUUGCACCAACCAACGCGAGCAAGAACUUCAAUUUCAAGUCUCAAUCUCCCACCGAUCCUCCCGCAAGUCAAGCCGAGUCGCCCACAACAAUUGGAGCAGAAGCAAGCCCAGAGGAAUUACCGCACCGCAGACGCAAGCGCUUGAAGGAAGCGAACACCGAAACAAGCAAUGGCAGUGGAAACCCAGAGCAAAGCAUCCCGCUCGAUGCAUCUGCACAACUGUCGAACUUCUCUUCCGCACUCCCCACCACCUCCCUCCGUCGCAAGCUGGCGGCUUAUCUCGCCCUGACGAAACCUCGCCUAUCCUUCCUGAUCCUCCUCACCACCACCUCCGCAUACGGAAUGUACCCGAUCUCGUCCCUGCUCACCCUCGACCCGGCCAUGACCCCACUCCCUACCCUCUCGACCUCGACCCUGACCUUCAUCUACCUCACCGCGGGCACGUUCUUGUCAUGCUGCAGCGCAAACACGCUGAACAUGAUGUUCGAGCCGAAAUACGAUGCGCUGAUGUCCCGAACCCGCAAUCGCCCACUGGUUCGCGGGCUCGUUUCGCGCCGCGGUGCUCUGUUUUUCGCGAUUGGAACCGCAGUGACUGGCCUGUCACUCCUCUACAUUGGCACGAAUCCUACCACUACGGCUCUGUCUGCCGCGAACAUCUUCCUAUAUGCUUUCGUCUAUACCCCAUUAAAGCGAAUCCACGUCGUGAACACCUGGGUCGGCGCGAUCGUCGGUGGUAUCCCACCCCUGAUGGGAUGGAUUGCGGCAGCAGGUCAGACCGCCACCAUUGGCCACGAUAACUGGCGCGAUAUGCUAUUCAGCGAAGGCAGCAUUGGUGGAUGGCUGCUCGGUGGAAUUUUGUUUGCUUGGCAAUUCCCCCACUUCAACGCUUUGUCCCACCUCAUUCGUGAUGAAUACAAAGCUGCCGGAUACCGGAUGAUGGCUUGGGUGAACCCUGCUCGCAAUGCCCGUGUCUCACUCCGCUACUCUCUCCUGAUGUUCCCUAUCUCCAUUGGUCUCUGGUGGUACGACGUUGUUGGGGCUGGCUUCCUGGUUCCUAGCACCUUCGCCAAUGGUUGGCUGGUGCGCGAGGCGUACCGCUUCUGGCAGCAUCAAGGUGCGAAUGGAACUGCACGCGGUCUGUUCUGGGCCAGUAUCUGGCAAUUGCCUAUCCUGCUUGUUGGUGGUCUUGUCACCAAGAAGGGCUUAUGGGACGGUGUUUGGAGGAGUAUCUUCGGGCACCCAGAUGAGGACGAUGAUGAAUAUUUGUACUACGAGGACGAAGAAGAGCUUGAGGGCGAGAACUCCCAAGGCCAGAACUCUUUAUCCCGUACAUCAUCUCGGACAAGCAAAUUGUCCACUACUUGA